UCAAGACCUCGGAUCUGCAGAUGACUUUGUUGCGUCUUGUGCGUCUUCGCUCCGCCAGUCCCCGUAUCUUCCCCAUGAGCCUCUCCUCCCGCCGCAUCAUCUCGUCGACGAGCGCCAAGGCCACGGCGCUCACUCGCUUCGUGGACGAGAACGGAGCCAUUCGCUGCGGUCAACGCACGGAUGACGGCUCCACUGCGAUGCUUGUGGAGGACGACGAUCCUCUGGGCUCUCUGCACUUCACAGGCGAGACCGCCACCAUCGAAAAGGUGCUGGCGCCCGUUGUUCCCUCUCAGAUUCUGGGUAUUGGCCUUAACUACCGCAAACACGCCAAGGAGACCAACAUGCCCGAGCCUAAGUUCCCCGUGCUCUUCACCAAGGGCAUCAACGCCCUACAGCACCCCCACGACCCCGUAGUAAUUCCCCGCGUUGCCUCGGACCCUCCUGAGGUCGACUAUGAAUGCGAGCUCGCUGUAGUGCUGAAGGAAGCUGCUUGCAACGUGACGGAGGAGGAGGCAUUGACCUACGUCGGUGGCUACACCUGUGCCAACGAUAUCUCAGCGCGUCGCUGGCAGGGCAAGAAGGGAGGAGGCCAAUGGUGUCGUGCCAAGACGUUCGACACCUUCUGUCCACUAGGACCGGUGCUUAUUACACCCGAGAUCAUCCCAGACCCACAGACGCUCGAGAUCGCAACGUACCUCAAUGGGGAGCAAGUGCAGAAGUCCAACACGGGCGACAUGAUCUUCUCGGUAGCCAAGCUGAUCAGUCAGCUCUCGCAAGAUUGCACGCUGCCCAAGGGCACACUUAUCCUCACGGGAACUCCGGAGGGUGUUGGCGUCGCACGCAGCCCACCGCUUUUCCUUGCGCCAGGAGACAUGGAAGAGAUCGAGAUUGAGCGCAUUGGCAAGCUCGUGAACCCCGUCGUUGGUGCGUCGGCGCUGUAAGUGCAGACUGUACUGUGAAAUGCGUAAGUUGAUCAUGUGGAGGCUACAUGUAGUGUGACCAGCAGCGUGACCAGAGACCACCCACCCUUUAGUAGCAAAUGCGAGCCGUACAACAAUUUUUCCAAAGAAA